AUUUAAACCGUGGAAGUGGCGUCGGAAAAAGAAAUCUGAAAAGUUCGAGGCAACUUCAAGGAGCCUGGAGCGCAAGAUCUCAAUGCGAGCAUCAAAAGAAGAGCUCAUUCAACGUGGGGUGUUGCGAGCCCAGGACUUCAGCCCGCCUCUCGGCACCACCUCACACGAUGUCAACUCAGUCAACAAGCUCGGCAAAAUUGGUUUCGCUAGCAGUGAUGGCAAUGCCGCUCUGUCCGUGCUGGCCCUGCCCGAGCUAGGCGUUGUAGACGAAGGCGGUCACUUGGGUCCCCUAAGCAGUAUGAGUGGCUUAGGAAGUCUGACUGGGGGCGUUGGUGAGGUGGGCCUGAUUCCUCCCCCCCCAAUGUUUUCUAACGAUACGUCCCCCGCUCCUUCGCCGACGUUGCCUCUUCGGAUUGCCCAACUCACCUCUAGUCUAAACCUCAGGUUUUCCCAAAUGCAGCAGCAACAACAACAGCAGCAGCAACAAUUACAAGGAGUUCCUCAACAGAGGGAUUCUCCAACGACAGGAGGAUCUGGUCUUCCGGGAGCCGUCCUUGGCCAACAACAACAAGUUGCUUCGCAGCUUUCAAACGGCUCGACAAAUGGCCCUGGCACUGAGUGCGUCAUUGGGAAAGUGGCAGGUCUCUCGGGCCAGGGCGGAAUGUCGUCUGUGGAUUGCCCCUCAGUGGUACCGCCGCCCCCCGGAGAGACGCCUAAAGAUAACGAUGACCCUGACGAUGGGGGCUUUUCCAACUACAGCAGUAAGCACCAGGGCCUACAGCAGCAACAGCAGAGCUUUAUACUUCAGCAGCAGCAGUCGCAUCCUCAACAGGUACAAUUCAUGGUGCAUCAGAUGCAACACAUGCAGCUUUCGCAGGUGGCUCCGGGUGGCCAACAGACGCAGGUGCUCCUUCAAGCACAACAACAACAGCAACAACAACAUUUGCAGACUCAGCACGAGCGACUGGCUAGCUUUUCUAACCUGCAGCAGCAGCUCCAGCAGCAGAUGCAAACCCAGCAACAACAGCUGGAGCAGCAGCAGCAGCAGCAGCAGCAGCAGCAACAACAACAACAACAACAACAACAACAACAACAACAACAACAGCAGCAGCAGCAGCAACAGCAGUCAGCAGCCUCUACCUUUAAGCCUCUUCAACAUAACGAUGAAGAGGCUGACAAGGAAGAGGCAGCACGUGGCUCCCCUUUGCCCCCAUUGGGUACUCCCACGGGAGGCCCACCGGCGUCCGGGGGCAUCCAGUCGAUGGGUAGCGUGCCCCGCAAGUCUGCCCUUAAGAAGACCACUUCUGCACUGGCUGUCGGGUCCGGCUUAGCGGGAGCCGGUGGGUCCCCUAAACUCAGCAAUGGACAGGGGGGUGCAGGCCUUCCUGGAUCGAAUCCUGAGAGUCCCACUGUGGCGCAGCAGCCGCUUGUAACGGCACUGAGCCUCGCCCAACUUCGAUUACGACCAACAAAUUCUGGCAAUGCAAUAGGAUCGAGCUUACAAAAUAGUAAUGGAGUGCCAUUCGGCAAGGCGCCACCGUCAUAUAGUGCUGCAAUGCAGGACAAAGAGAACAAGUCAUCUGGAGCAGGAGGAGGGGUUAAUCAGACAGGGGGUCAAGGCGGGAGUCUCCCACUAAAGCCGCCGCCUCCGUAUCCUGCCGUGUUGGCGCGUUUUAAUUCGGUGGCUUCGAACGCCGACAGUGAUGACGAAGAUGAUCCCGUAAAAUGGAGAGAUUAUUAUGGUGAUGAUGAACAAGGACGGUUGCAGGCAAAGAUUGCCAGGAAGGAUUCACUUGCGAUGAAACUCGCUCAAAGACCUGACAAGCAAGAGCUGAUUGAACGCAAUAUUUUGAAGGAUGAAAGCUAUUUUCGGGAUCGGGCGGCGACUCGGGAGGCGCUCAGUGGUAAGUUGACGCGCAGAUUGAGCCUUCGGCCGACGGCAGAAGAACUUGAACAGCGCAAUAUCCUCUACCAGAAUACACCUGAGGAGCGGCUCAAGGAAAAGGAUAUGAAAAAAAAGGUGCUCAUUAGAAAGCUGAGCUUUCGUCCGACGAUUGAGGAGCUUAAGGAGCGUAAGAUCAUUCGUUUCAACGAUUACGUCGAAGUGACGCAGGCGCAUGACUACGAUCGCAGAGCGGACAAGCCGUGGACGAGGCUUACGCCUAAGGACAAGGCAAUGAUCCGUAAGGAACUCAAUGAGUUCAAGGCGCAGGAGAUGGAGGUUCAUGAAGAAAGCCGACACCUGACGAGAUUCCAUAGGCCAUAAAGGCCAGUGGUGUGAUAUUAGAUGUGACCAGAAAUUGCUAGGGAGAAAACGAUACAGAGAGAAAGGAUGAAGAAUAGGCCAAGGCGACAGAUAAAAUGGCUGGAUGGGAGACGACACUUUCAGCGUACAUCGGAGUUCGUCAUGCGUUUCACUAGAGUCUUGAAACUGUGACAAGUAUGGGGGCAUUGUAUAUUAUUGUAACGACAGGCACAUCCUUAACAAACGGAUCGCUACCGCUCUCGAUAGCCUCAGUUCGGUCCUGAUGAAAUCCGUUUGCAUACAAACAGACACACGUGCAGGUUCGCAUGCAUCCGAGAAGUGAUUGUAAUAUACAAAUACACCCAGUUUCCCACCCAGGCUUUUGGGUCAGCGGCGAGCAAAAAACACUUAAUUUCUCUUACCCUGACAACCAGCUGUACCGCUGUGCGCUGACGAAAAUCUAAACGAUGAUCAACUUCUAACGACACCAGUCAUUAGUAAGCCGAUUUAGAGAAGCUUCUUGCUGUGGUGGCAGCUGCCUAGCAAACUGUAGAUCGCCGUUUGAGCAUUUUGUUAAUUAUUAUUGCUGUUAAUGUAUUGAUCAAUUAGCACGCAUCCUCGGUGUAUUGCUGCUGCUGGUGCUGCUGGUGCUGCUGCUGCUGCUGCUGCUGCUGCUGCUGGUGCUGCUGCUGCUGCUGCUGCUGCGGACCGCCAUUAACAAUAGCGACCAGCACAAAUGUAUAUUACUUUUUUGACCUUUAUUUUCGUCUACCUCUUUAAGGAAAAGGACUGAUCAGUAGAUGCCUGUAAUCACUCGUGUACAUUUGCUCAUUAUCAACACAGAACUAAAUCAGACAUAGAGCUAACGUAAAAAAGGAUUGUUCGAGCAGAAUUAUGAGCACAGUUCAUGCUGCUGUAGUUAUUUCUGUUACUGUUUCUAAAGUUAAAGGUGCCGAAGCCAAACAUCUGCGUCAGACAUGUGAGAGCGAUGAUAUCAGUUACAUUUUUGUAGGCAGUAUCUGUUGCAUGUGCUGAUCUGUGUCAACGUACGAAUUAUUCGUACGACGUGGAACAUAUUAUUUCUACGCUCUGACCUAUGAUAUAUAUAUAUAUAGACGUAAACAGUUGUGCAGCGAUGCAAGUGAUCUGCAGUCAUUCAGGACGGUCGAGCAACUGAGGAUUGUUAUAAUAAGCGAAGGCAGAAAGGGGCAAAUAUCGAGGGUGUGGAUCGAGGGCAAGUGUAAGAUGUGAGAAAUCGUUUUCCAGAAUACGCGCAAUGGACGUCAGUUAUUAUUACUAUUAAACACCAAGCAAUAGUAAAUCGCAGCGCACUGACAGAACAACCCGUUGUGAAGAAAGAAACAACAAUCGCACCCAAUAAUGAUAAUACUACAAGCUGUAUCCAUGUUUGAAAACGUAAAGACUGACACCCGCAUUCAGCCAUCCUCUAAUAUCAGUUUAUACGAAAAGCUCCAAGCUCAUCUUUAUUGCAUUCUGAUAUGCUGCAGCUCAACUGGUUUCCACGAGGUCCGGUGGCACCAGAAAAGGCGGCCACUAAACUUGUUUUCCCCUUAUUUCGAUAACUGACAAAAACAAAGCAUUAUGCUGCCUGCAUUAAAUUCUAGACUAGCUACAGUUGCAAACGAACCUAUUGAUUGAUUGAUUGAUUGAUAUCGUAUCGAACGGUCGGUAGAGCGUUAUCAACAAACCGAUUAACUGCCGAAAAAUGACGGUAACAACUACAAUUAAUAAAGGCUGUACUGGCUAAAAUAUGGAUAGCGUUAACGUUUACGGCUCUAAAUAUUAAAAAAAGCUUACGUUUGUCAUUUGUUCGACUCUUGAUAGGAAAAGACACGUCGUCCUAUCCUCGAUAGCCAUACUCCCUGAUAAUACCGCCUCUGAAAACAACAGUGUCGGAUUUACCACCCAGUUGUUCUAGUGAUGCACCAGCUACACGACGACAACGAUUGUAACAAUAACAUGUGUCACCAUUACUACAGCUACUAUUCCAACGACACUAGGUAAAACUAGAACCCCGGAUCAUUCAACGAUCCAG